AUGGCAGGGAAUGAAGACUGUUUUGGAAUUGGUCAAGCAUGGCAACUACUUGGCAUGGAAGUGAGGAUGAAGCAAGAGGCACCUGCUGAGCCACCCAGCCCAGCUUCAGUGGUGGAACCAUUGCAUGAACCAGAAGAGAUGGAAAUGGUGGAACUGGAGGUGGACAAUGACAAUGAGACUGACACCCAUCUGCAACAACUACAAGAGGAAGUGAAAGUGAAGCUGGAAAAACUCAGCAAGGAUGGCUGCCUUACAAUGAGCACCACAGCCACUGAGAUGGAGAAGAAGAUUGUCGAUGCAAUCAAUGCUGAGAAGAAGAAAAGGGGAUUGCCACAACCAGUAACUGCCAAGAAACUGAAGACCUAUGAUGGAAAUGCUAGCAAAACAGCAAGUGGCAGUGGUUCUGGUUCUGCCAAUGAUGAGACUGAAAAUGUCAAGGAGGAAGAAAAUGCCAAGGAGGAACAGAAAUGGUAUUCCAAUGUGGCAGUGAAAAGGGAAGAAGGCCACAGGAGUGGAUGGAUGAAUAGGUGUGGCAUCCUGCUGGCCAGAUUGAACCGCGGUGAAAGGGACAAAGUGAAAGAACUCCAGAAACAGCAACUGGGAAGCUAUCAACAACAUUUUUUGUUUUUUUUGGAGUGUAAGGUAUUUCUUUUUUUGUGA